AUGGGGACUUUUAGCUGCAUUGAACUGUCUGGAUCCGUAGCACUUGCUUCAGAAAAUUGUAGCCCUUCUGAGGAUGCAACAAAUUCGCCAAGCAAAUGGCUCCAAUCCACCCUGUUUGGUAGUGAAACUUUAGGAGAUGCCAAGAAACAAGAUACUGAUGGCAAAACAAAUCAUACUGCAGAUGUGGAGCAGGUAAAGCCAUCAAGCACAUACUCUGAUCAGAAUGACCUCGACCAAGUGGACUCGUCCACUUCUGGAAGAAUUGUUCAGGAGAAUGAGCUGGCCAAACAGGAUAGAAAUGAUUUAGCACCAUGCAGUUUAAACCACUUGAUCACACAUUGUGGUACUGGUAAUAGUGUCGUAUCAAUAUCAGAUCUGGCCUUAGAAGCACAACAACGGAGUUGGAAAUUAAGAGGUGAUAAUAUCAUAUCUAGCAUAUCCGUCCUGGCAGUGGAUCAAGGAAAUUUGGAGGAUUCACGAAGAGAACAUUUUGUUGAGCCAUUUGGAUCUUAUAUCCAGAGUGCUGCUGAUGACACUCAUGUUUACUGUGCUGAUGCAACAGCAGGUGUUGCAACGAAUCAUGACCAAGAAAUGCUCCCUGCUGUUAUUCAAAACCAGUUGGUUUCAAAUGACUAUAAUUUUGACACAUUCAAAGUUUCCAUUGAUGGCACGGCCAUAUCACAGCAGCAAUGUGGUACGCAUAGGCGUAACCUUUUUAACGACAAGGUAGGGCCAUCUAAUAAGAGAGUGCAAAAUAUCUCAAAUAUUCAUCAUGCGAGUACAUGUGGCAAUAACUAUCUGAAGCCUGUGAAGCCUGGUAUUGGUUUGCAUCUGAAUACUGCUGCCUUGAAUUUAUCCAACAUGCCGCUCACAAUUAAUCCUCCACUGCUACCUGAACAAACUAGUCCAGCAACAGUAAUUUCUGGCAGUGAGGUAUGCACUCAUGUUGACGAUUACUCUUCUCAGAAAACCAUGCCUAAUGCUGACAAGUCUGACCAACAAAGUCAUAAGAACAGAAGGAUGAUUCUAACAACACUCCUGCUUCCGCUCGACAUAAAAGAGGAUGCAAUUGCAGGAAGUCUUCUUGUCUUAAAAAAUACUGCGAGUGCUUUCAGAGGCUCAUGCUUGGAGCAGGCUUUAAUGCUCAGUUGCCAGGUUUUAAUGCUCUUAUUUUCCCUUGAAGGUGUGCUGUUGUUAACUACUGAAAAACUGGAGAAAGGGAGUAAAGCAAAAGGCACUAAUGGGAAGGAAGAAAAACUUGCGUUUGACAAACACCAUGUGAUUAGCCAAUCUGGUGAUCUUCCAGCCUCUGAGAAUCUACUCGCAACACCUUCGCUUGAGCCUUACAGAUCUUCCUUCCUACUUCCAUCUACAUGCUCCAAACUAACACCGGCAACUGCUGGGUGCUCUUCUGGACUGCACAACCCUCGGUCUCCCAUGAAAUCAGAUGAUGUGCUCUCACCUUUCGUAACCCGCGCUGCAGCGAUGAUUCUCGGGAAUGAUGUUUCAGAUAUCCAGGAAGUGGGUUCAUCUUGCACCACCAGUGUCAAGGUGGUUUCACCGAACAAGAAGAGGGUUGCCCUCCUGCACAUUGUUGCUUCUUUUGGUCGCUGCAAGUUUUGUCUCUGUCCUCUCUCGGUGGGUCUUCUUCUUCAGGCCACCAUUGGAGGUGUUGCUUGGGAUUUUAGCGUCCUUCAGCUAGGUCCCCGUGUUUUCCGCUUCUCUGUUUCUUCCAAGGUUGUGGGUUUUCACAUUUUUAAGUUGGUCAGCUUUGAGUGUUCUUGCUACAAGGUCUUCUUCCACCUUUGGGGUAACGGUGGCCCUCGCUGGGACCUUGAGCUUGCAGUUUUCAACAGAGAAGAAGCUGAUUCCUGGGUAUCAGUGAAAGGCAAUCAGUCUUUAAGCGUAUUGUCUUCCCAGAUAAUGCCUGGGGCUCUCAUGCAGUUCAUCCUGAACGACAUCUCCAUGGCCAACCUCAAAGCUCAAGCAGAAGGGCCUCGGACAAUAGUAGGGAAGCAGUCAACAGUGAGCAAGGGAAAACAACUGACCGGCAUCUAG